UCGCCCCUGACCCUUUCUACCUCCGCAUCGAUAGGGUUUCUUGCAAUCGCGGCCUCUUCCUCCUCUUCCUCCGUCGGCGUGAUUAGGCCUUGCCACAGUGAUUAGGCCUUGCCGCAGUGGGUAUUGUACAGAUUGGAGGACGACUAGGCCACUGAGUUUGUGUUUUUUUCGCUUCUUCCCGAUUUUUGUUUGAUCGGUUAAGAUUUCGUCGGCAAGAUGUUUGGGAGGGGGCCGAAGAAGAGCGAUAAUACCAGGUACUACGAGGUCCUUGGGGUUCCGAAGACAGCUUCGCAAGAGGAUCUCAAGAAGGCUUAUCGGAAGGCUGCUAUCAAGAACCAUCCUGAUAAGGGAGGCGAUCCCGAGAAGUUCAAGGAAUUGGCUCAGGCUUAUGAGGUUCUAAGUGACCCUGAGAAGCGUGAAAUCUAUGAUCAGUAUGGUGAAGAUGCCCUGAAGGAGGGAAUGGGCGGCGGCGGCGGCGGCCACAAUCCAUUUGAUAUCUUCGAGUCAUUUUUUGGAGGGAGUCCUUUUGGAGGAGGUGGUAGCAGCCGUGGACGAAGGCAAAGGAGGGGAGAUGAUGUUAUCCAUCCUCUUAAGGUGUCAUUGGAAGAUCUGUACAAUGGAACUUCUAAGAAGCUGUCUCUUUCUCGGAAUGUCAUCUGUCAAAAAUGCAGCGGGAAGGGUUCUAAGUCUGGUGCUUCGGCUAAGUGCUCUGGCUGUCAAGGUUCUGGCAUGAAGGUAACAAUUCGGCAGUUGGGGCCUGGCAUGAUACAACAAAUGCAACACCCUUGCAAUGAAUGUAAGGGGACUGGGGAGACGAUCAAUGAGAAGGACCGAUGUCCAAAAUGUAAAGGUGAGAAGGUUGUGCAGGAAAAGAAAGUAUUGGAGGUUGUGGUCGAGAAGGGUAUGCAGAAUGGCCAAAAGAUAACCUUCCCUGGAGAGGCAGAUGAAGCACCCGAGACAGUGACUGGAGACAUUGUGUUUGUCCUUCAACAAAAGGAACACCCAAAAUUCAAGAGAAAGGGUGACGAUCUCUUUUAUGAGCACACACUAUCCCUCACUGAAGCUCUCUGCGGCUUCCAAUUUAUUUUGACCCAUUUGGAUAACAGACAAUUGCUUAUCAAGUCGAAUCCCGGUGAAGUUGUAAAGCCUGAUCAAUUCAAAGCAAUAAACGAUGAGGGCAUGCCUAUGUACCAGAGGCCCUUCAUGAAAGGGAAGCUGUACAUCCAUUUCAGUGUCGACUUCCCUGAUUCAUUGACACCAGAUCAGUGCAAAGCCCUCGAGGCAGUGCUACCGCCGAAGCCUGGUGCACAGAUGACUGACAUGGAGCUAGAUGAGUGCGAAGAAACAACAUUACAUGAUGUCAAUAUUGAGGAAGAAAUGCGGAGGAAGCAAGCUCAGGCACAGGAAGCCUACGAGGAAGAUGACGACGCCCCUGGAGGUGGUGCCCAGAGAGUGCAGUGUGCACAGCAAUAAGCAGAAUACAUACGAAUACCUCGAAAUCUACUGUUACUUUUUGUUCCUGCUUCUGUUAAAUUGCGGUUGCGAUUUUAGCAAUGUAAUGUACUGAGCAGAAUCUUGACUAUCUUUGGGUUUGUUAAUGCUUGGAUUGGCUUUACUUCGCAUCA